AUGGCGGAGGCCGCCGUGGAGAGGGGGCCGCUCCUGGAGCAGGACGGCCCAGCGCCCGCCCGCGGCUCCGCAGCCGCAGGGGGCGGCCGGGCGAGCAGGGCGCGGCGGGCGGGCGCCGCGCUGCUGGCGGUCGGCGGGUUGGCGGCGGCCCUCGGGCUCGCGGCGUCGCAGCCGGGCUGGCCGCGCCCGCGCGGCGUGGGGGCGGCGGCCAGCACCGUGGGGCUGAGCGCCGAGGACGCAGAGGACCCGGGACGCACGGCGCGCAUCGCGCGCCUGCAAGACAUGGGGGCCCACCGGUGGGGUGUGAACAUCCACUUCACGGGCUCCAACCCCACGCGGAUGGCGGCGCUGGCAAAGGCCUUCAAGGUCAUUCGGAUCGACAUGUUUUGGCACCACGUGGAGUCUUCCAAGGGGAAGUUUGAUUUCAAAGAAUACGAGGAACUCUUGGCAGAUAUGGAGGACAACGACGUACAGCCUUUGUUCAUCCUGUGCUACGGCAACGGCUUGUAUGGUUGCCCAGAUCAUCCGCGCACGCCUUCGUGCCAAGAGGCCUUCGUCAACUACGCUGCGGCUUCGAUGACUCACUUCGCGGGGCAUGGAAUCAUCUGGGAGGUGUACAAUGAACCAAAUGGCUUCUGGGCUGACUUUGGACGGCUCAGAGAGGAGACUAGGCGCGAAUACCCGGCGCUGGUUAAUCGAGUCAUGCAGCGCGUGCGAGGGGAUCCAGCCAUCGCAAACGAGACAGUCAUUGGGCCUGCCACUUCAGGAGUCGACGUUGAGUUCAUUUGUGCCACUGGCAACGUCGGUGGCCUGGAUCACUUCGACGGCAUCUCCGCACACCCGUACCGGAGAGAAGGGCCAGAGAGCGUAGUUGGCUCGUGGCAGGAGCUGAGACACAGGCUCGAGGGCUACCCGACGGUCGCGAAGUUGCCCUUCGUCAGCAGCGAAUGGGGCUGGGCUACCUGCGGACACCCCGACAACCCUCAACCGUGCCCUCCGGGUGGCGGUGGCACUGGCGACCUCAUCUCGGGAGCGCAGCAAGCGGCGAGGCUCGCGCGCCAGUGGCUGAUCAACGACAACGUUGGCAUCUCCUUCAGCAUAUGGUACGACUGGGCGGACGACGGCACCGAGCCGAUGAACGCAGAGCACAACUUCGGCGCCACGUACCACGAUGCCGAUUACGCAGCAGAGCCCAACGUUUAUGGCAAGCCCUCGUACCUGGCGGCGAUGACGUUGCAGUCGCUGCUAGGCAGCCUCGUCUACGUGGAGAACCUGUGCGGACCUGACGGCACCUUCUGCCUGAGGUACCGCCAUCGCGACGACCCGGACGGCAAGUACGACAAGUACGCCGUGUGGACGCUCAAGCCACACGGCCUGAUGACGUUGAGCCUGCCCGUGAAGGAGUGCAUGAGGGUCAUCGGCAUGCUGGGCGAGAACCUGGACCAGGCGGCUUGUGGCGAGGGCGGAUGCCCAGAGGUCUGCCCCGAAGGCGGCGGCGGGGUGCAGAUGCAGGUCUCCGACCUCCCCAGCUACCUCGUCCCGAAGCCCGAGGCGCACGCCGCAGCAGCGCCCGUGGCCGCCAUCACAGCGGGCGCUACCGAGGCGCCCACGCCGGCGCCCACGGCGGUGCCCGCAGCAGUGGCGCCCACGGCAGCGCCCACGGCAGUGCCCACGGCGUCGCCCUCCGCGCCGCCGACCGCGGCGCCCACGGCGGAGGCCACGGCGGCGCCCGCCCCCGCCACCGCGGCGCCCUCUGGGCCGCCCGCCGCCGCACCGGGCCCGCCGCACACGGACGUGGACGUCGUCCGCUUCCUGAGGUCGGCCGAGGCUGCGGACAUGCGCGCCGACCGGGUAGCCUGGCUGCGGUCCAUGGGCUCACGCCGGUGGGGCGUGGGCGUGGACGCAGGCACCCUGGAGACGGGUGAGGAGGCCGAGCUGGCGAGCGCGUUUUCCACCGCCCGUGUGGCGGUGUCCUGGGCCACCGUGGAGACGGAGAAGGGCAUCUACAAUUUCACAGCGUACGACGACGUGGUCGGCCGCCUCCAGGGGCAGAGCGUCCAGGUCGUCGCCUCGCUGUGCUGCGGGAGCGAGCUGUACGACUGCGGGAGCUACCCAGGUGGCGGCUCCGAGUGCAGGGACGCCUACGUCGCCUACGCCAUGGCCGCGAUAGCGCACUUCCGCGGCCAGAACGUGAUCUGGGAGGUCUUCGACGAGCCGAACGUGGCGUGGGCCGGCGGCGAGGGCGCCGGCGAGGCCGCGGCGCAGUACGCCCUGCUGCUCGACGCGCUGGGGCAGGCGGUCCGCCUGGACGCCGACACCUCCAACGAGAUCCUCGUAGGCCCUGCGACCGCCGGGAUCGACAUAGGUUUCAUCUCCGCCGUCGGGGACACCGCGGCCUUCCGGUGGCUGGACGGCAUCUCCGUGAAGCCGGCCCCCGUGCACGACGGGAACGACGGCACCUUCCUCGCCCUCUCGCAGCUGGCGCGCCGCUUCUCCCCGGAGGGCCAGGUGGCCCCAGCGCUGCUGAGCACCUCCUCUGGCUGGCCCGCCUGCUCCAGCAGCCUGGACCAGCCGCGGUCGUGCGCCGCGGGCGCGGCGGCCGCGGAGUCGGCAGGGGCCGUGCCGCUCGAGGAGCAGGCCGCCCGGCUGGCGCGGCAGUGGCUGGUGCACGACGCGUGCAACGUGUCGGUCAGCCUCUGGCCCGCCUGGAAGGACGGCGGCGAGGGCGCGCCGCCGCCGGCGGGCGGCUACGGGGUCGUGCUGCGCGCCGCCGCGCCCCUGCGCCCGAAGCCCGCGUACUUCGCGGCGCGGGCCCUGAGGGCGCUGCUCGGCCGCAAGGCCGUCGAGGCGAGCUGCUCCGCGGACGGGCGCCUGCGCUGCCUGGCCUACGCGCCCGCGGGCGGCGGCCGCGCCCGCAGCUACGCCGUGUGGUCGGUGGCCGCCGACCCGCCGCGGGGCCUCGCCCUGCGGCUGGGCGCGUGCCUCGCGGUGGUGGACAUGUCGCUCGCCCAACUGGGCCAGCUGUGCCCGGGGCAGGACAGGACUUCGUCGCCACGCCGCAGCCCCAGUACCUCGUUCCCUGCGAGGAGGCUCCUUCUGGCAGGUGUGAGAUCGACACCGCCUCGUCGGUCUGAGGACAGGCGCGACCGCGCCCCAACCACUGCCCCUCUUUCCCCCUAG